ACAUGUUCCAACGAAGUUAAAUAAAUCCGAGUAUGCUAAUAACAAUAGCUUGUAUAAUACAGCGUGCUAAAACUUGUCCGAUAGAAAUGAAUGUGCACUUCCUCGUUUAAGACUGGGCGAAACCAUCGCACUGGAGUUUAGGGGUGAUAUACGACUUUUAAACAUUGUGUUUUUAAAUUACGACUAAUAUAGUUGACUGGAAUGACAAAUGAGAUGUUGAUUUAAAGACAGAACUUGUUAAUAGAAUACAGUGAAUCUUAAGUGAAUCUAUUUUUUUUCCUCAUUUAUUUACCUUUAUACUGCGUACAUCCCUAUUUUGUGUUGAAUAGUUCAGGACGUAAUGAAUGUACUGGAUGUGGAACUGGUUUGAGCUUCAAAAUAAACGCCUGAAGUUUGAGAAACGAGCAAAAAUGAGGUUUUUAAAUAUCUGUUAUAUUUUGCUGCUAUUAUUUAGUUUUUUGUCGCAGUUUGCUUUCGAGUAUGUGGAAGAAUGCAGGAGUGGGAUGUAUCCUCCUAAAGGACCAACAUUUAUAAACAAAGUUACCUGGUACACACUGAACCUUGACUUGCCCCCCACUGAGAGGUGGACUCAUGUAAUAAAAGAGAAAAAAGCUGAACUGGCAAAAAUGAUACAGGCAAUACGGGAUUUGGCCAACAGCUUUUUUCAUGGAAAACUUAUUCAUUUAGUGGACAAGGAAUUGCCUUUAAUUGUUGAUACACUGCCUUAUCCAUUUAAUGAGGAAAUUAAAGGAAUUGCAGCUGCCUCUGGAGUUCCUUUAGGAGAAAUAGUGCUGUUUAAUAUCUUUUAUGAAGUUUUUACUGUGUGCACAUCAGUGGUUGCAGAGGAUGUAAAUGGUAAAUUAUACCAUGCUAGGAAUUUGGACUUUGGGUUGUUCAUGGGUUGGGAUCGGAAAAACCAAACCUGGACCAUAACUGAGAAGCUGAAACCACUUGUGGUAAAUAUUGACUUUAAGCGGAACAACAGAACGGUCUUCAGAUCUACCAGCUUUGCAGGAUAUGUGGGAAUGCUCACUGGCAUUAGACCUAGAGAAUUUACCCUAACAAUGAAUGAACGUUUUAACGUAGAUGGAGGAUACAUAGGAAUCCUGGAAUGGAUACUUGGCAAGAGAGAUGGCAUGUGGAUGAGCUUCCUCACUCGCAGAGUCCUGGAAAAUGCAACCAGUUAUGAAGAUGCCAAACACCAGCUUAUUAAAACCAAGUUACUUGCACCAGCCUACUUUAUCCUGGGUGGAAACCAGACCAACCAGGGCUGUGUGAUAACCAGAGGAAGAAUUAAUACACUGGACGUCUGGGAGAUUAAUCUGAAGCUUGGCAGAUGGUACGUGCUUGAAACAAACUAUGAUCACUGGGAAGAGCCAUUCAUUUUGGAUGAUCGUCGGACACCAGCUAUGAAAUGCAUGAAUAAAACCACACAAGAAAACAUUAAUUUCCAAACUCUGUAUGAUGUUCUUUCAACUAAACCAGUUCUAAACAAGCUUACAGCAUAUACGUCCCUAAUGGAAGUCUCAAGUGGUAAACUGGAGUCUUACACCCGAGCCUGUCCAAGUCCGUGUACACCCUGGUGAUCAUCUGAAGCACUGAAAAACAUAAAGCUGGAGCCAUUUUAAAUCAGGUUUUAAAAGCAGUAUUAAGAUAACUUAGCAAAGACUUAUAUGCUUUUAUUAUAAAUGCUUUAAUUUGUUAAGUAUUUCUGAUCUAUUUAAACUGAUAGUUUUGAUAAUAGUUUAAAUUCUUUGAUUUCUUUUUUAAUGGAAAAUGUUACUUGAGUAGAAUUUUACUCUUUCCUGUAAAUAAAAUUGAUUGUAUUAUUGUAAAAUAUUUUUAAAUAAUUUAUAUGAUCAUUUUAUAAUGUCUAUUUUGUUCUUUUGUAAUGUACAGUGAA